AUGGCUGAGAUAAAUGAACGCGCAUCGACGUCAUCGCCACCGGAACCAUCAACACCCGCUCCUGGACCCGAAAUCAAGCAGCUUGCCGAUGUAAUGUAUGAUCGUGUUGGCGCAUUCUUACAAUCACAGAUUCAAGGUACUAUCGAUGAGUACAAGCUCCUGGAGGAUAUGAAUCUGGCAACUGCUCAAAGAUAUGUCGAUAUGCGAGCAGUAGCCGACAAAGUUUCCGAGAAACUUGUACGUUUAAAUGAUAAAUAUGAAUCGCUUCGUCCUUAUUUGCAACAAAUCGACGAACUGGACGAAAGUACACGGAGACUAGAGGAAGCGGCUAAUCUUCUUGAUCAAUAUGUCACAGCUUUAGGUGAGUUUGAUUCUUCAUCUCUGUAG